CGCUCUCCGUCGCGCGCGUCACGGCAGCGCAUCGCAUCGCGUUCAUUUACGCCGCAACAGCAGAGCAGCGGACAGACAGACAGACACACAGACGGAUCUGCGGAGAGAGAGACAUGUGUGUGAGCCGGCUCCCUCCUCCUUUAUGCCCGUGUGUGUUGGCGCAGUGGGCGGCGCAGUGAAGCGCUCGAGGCUCCUGGCAUGGGCAGCGUAGGGAGCGGGGCCUCCAGUCAGCGGCCCAUCACCAUGCGCAGUGUGGGCACCCGCACCACCCCCAACGGCCCACUAGCAGCUGCACCGCCCCCCGCCGCAGCCCGUCGCCGCCUGGACGACCGCAGCUUCAGCGCUGAACGCAUCCCCGGCACCAAGACCAAGGGUGUCUCCGCUGACGAGCACAGCUAUAAUGCAGAUUAUGCUCGCAAUCACAGCGAUGCCGAGCGCAACAUGCAUCACAACACCAACCGGCAGCAGACGCUCAACGGAGAGAGGCUAGUGUCCAAUGUGGUGUUCGCUAACGGCGCACGCAGGGAAGGACACCGGCGUGGAGAGAGUUUGGACCUCUGUGGAAACAACAUCUUGCUGAACAAUGAUAAAAACGGCGCGCAUCAAGCUCCAGCGCAGCAGCAUAAAGACAAGAGCAAAGCCAAACCUGAUAAUCACAACCCACCCAAUAUACUGCCCGUGUCUGGAAAACUGGAGCAUGCACAGACCAAUGACUCUCUGGUUCGCCCGUCUGCCUUCAAACCAGUGGUGCCCAAGAGUUUCCACUCGAUGCAGAAUCUGGUAUGUCCCCUGCAGAGCGGCUCCGGCUCAGCUGCAGGUGCUAGCAGUGGCGGCCCGGGGGAUAAGGCGCCAUCUCAGAGCACAUGUGGCCCACAGUGGGAGCAGGACAGUCCUAGCAGCAGGGGCACACAUGCAGGCGCAGGACGGCCAGGGCAGGGUAGUCUGUCGGACUCCGGCAGGAACUCUCUGACCAGCCUGCCCACUUAUACAGGCUCCAGCUACGGCCCCCCACCUGCCCUCGGGCCUCUCAGUGCCUCCACCAGCCAUAUAAACCGGCUAGGCACUGUUGCUCUGGAGAAAAUAGACAAGCCAGGGUACCAGAACGGGCUGAGCGCCUCCGACAGCGGCCGCUCAUCCUCGGGGAAGAGCUCGUCCUCGUACCAGCGCCUCAGUCAUCUGAGCGACGCCCCCGCGCCGCUGAGACCCUCGCCAAACUCAGACGACGUCAUUCAAGACCUGGAGGACCGGCUGUGGGAGAGAGAGCAAGAAGUGAUCCACAUGCGACGUAACCUAGACCAGAGCGAGGCGGCCAUCGUGCAGGUGUUCGAAGAGAAGCAGCGUCUGUGGGAGCGCGAGAUGGAGGAUCUGCGGCAGAACUACGCUGGGCGGCUGCAGCAGGUGUCGCGCCGCGCACAGCGCUCCCAGCAGGCCCUGCAGGCGCAGAUCAGCCGGCUGCAGCAGGACAAGCGCCGCCUGCAGGACGAGAUGACGCUGCUGCUCGCACAGAGGGAGGAGCUGGAGAAAAAGUGCCUGGACUUCCGGAAGGAGCAGGCCGAUAUCCUGCCCCGCCUGGAGGAGACCAAGUGGGAGGUGUGUCAGAAGGCGGGUGAGAUCUCUCUGUUGAAGCAGCAGCUGCGGGACAGUCAGGGCGAGGUGACGCAGCGGGCCGGAGAGAUGGUGUGUUUGCGCGGACAGCUCAAAGAUCUGAACGCUCAGCUGCGGGAGCGCGAGGAGGCCGAGAUCAGCCUCAAAGAGUCCUUCUGCACCAAAACCCUGGAGCUGGAGCGCUGCGAGGCCGAACUGCAGACCAUGCUGGCUGAGGUGACAGUGCUGCGUGACAAGCUGAGUGCGUUUGAGGCAGAGGUCUCGCGUCUGAAGAAGGCCCUCAGCGAACUCAGCAGUCGCACCGGCGACACCAAUCCUCCAGAUAUGGGGCAACUGGUGUCAUCCCGCAGCCGAGAUCGUCUCCUGCCCUCAGCAGAGACCUCCACGGCCCUGCCGGCCCUGCCUGCGCCCGAUCCACUGCUCGCCCUGCAGAGCGACGACUCCAAGGUGCAGCUCCAGGAGUCGGGCGACCUGCGUUGUCAGCUAGAGCGACUGCAGGGCGAGCUCCGUCUGGAGCGGCAGCAGCGGGAACGCCAGGCCCUCAGCUUCGCCCAGGAGCGGCAGACCUGGCAGGACGAGAAGGAGCGCGUGCUCAAAUACCAGGCGCAGCUGCAGCUCAGCUAUGUGGAGAUGCUGCAGAAAAACCAGGCGCUGGAGGAGCGCGUGGACAAACUGGGCUCUCAGAUCUGCACUCCAGCUCUCCCGUCUCCAGAUCCGCCCGUAUCCGUCUGUAUAUCGCUGACGUCUCCCACUCCGCCAGCAGAGGAGAAGAAGCUGCCUGAUCUGCACACGCUGGCGCCGCCGUGGCCCGUUCCCACCCGGCUGGAGCGCAUCGAGUCCACGGAGAUCUGAUGCAGUAAAAAUCACUAUUUAUUAGCAUUCGGUACAAUCCCAGCUACUGGAGGACUGUCCAAGGAUGCCCUGCUGGUCUUGGGCGGGUGUUUUGAGUUGAGGGUACACUGUAAAAAGCGAUUAGUUGACUUUGCUUAA